UCCAUUAGAUGAACACCGAACGCGCAUCAAUCUGCAUGUUCCUCCGGCAGGAAUGAGGAAUUUGGAGCCUUGGAUUGAUACGGAGCGUCGCUUCAGCGCGUCUAAACUCCUCCCGCGGUCACUAUACGAGGGCAUCAUGUGGCCACCACCAGCCUGGCAGACGCGCUGCGCACAGGCUAUAUAAGCUCGGCAGCUGUCAGGUGGAGGACACUGGCAGCUCUGCACCGCAUUGCUCUGUACUGCGCUGGGAGAUUACACAGCCUCUGCAGAAAACACAUUAGCAAUGUCUCACGCUUGGGGAUACGGAGCGGAUACCGGACCCGACAAAUGGGCUGACAGCUUCCCAAUCGCGAACGGACCCCGCCAGUCUCCCAUCGACAUCGUUCCGGGUGAAGCGUCGUACGAUCCGGCGCUGAAGCCGCUCGUCCUGAAGUACGACCCAUCCACCUGCCUGGAGAUCCUCAACAACGGCCAUUCCUUCCAAGUGACCUUCCUAGACGACAUUGACAGCUCAACUCUGAAAGACGGACCCGUCUUAUUUAACCACAGACUGAAGCAGUUUCAUUUUCACUGGGGGGCUUCAGACGACCACGGGUCUGAACAUACUGUGGCCAGGACCAAAUACCCUGCUGAACUCCAUCUGGUGCACUGGAACACUAAAUAUGCAAACUUUGGGGAAGCCGCCAGUCAACCUGAUGGGCUUGCUGUAGUUGGAGUCUUCCUAAAGAUUGGUGAAAAAAAUCCUAAUCUCCAGAAACUUAUUGAUGCAUUUGACUCAAUCAAGACCAAAGGCAGCCAAUGUUCCUUCGCUGACUUCAACCCUGAGACGUUGCUGCCUGGUUGCCUAGACUACUGGACGUACGAGGGCUCUCUGACCACGCCUCCUCUGCUGGAAAGCGUCACUUGGAUCGUCUGCAAAGAGCCAAUCAGCGUCAGCUCUGAGCAGAUGGCCAAGUUUCGCAGCCUCCUCUUCUCCGGUGAGGGCGAGACCGAAUGCUGCAUGGUGGACAACUACCGCCCUCCGCAGCCACUCAAAGGUCGCACUGUCCGUGCUUCCUUCAAGUAGUUCCCAUCCCCCUCUCCUGCCCUUUUUCCUCCCUUCCCCCUUUCAGAAAUACCUUUUUUUUCCCUGGAAACCAUAGGAAGAAGACAUAUCUCUCUUCGUCCAGCUCUAAAACUCAAAUUCCUGUAAAACAGCUGCAUUUAUUUCUGGAUCCAAAUAGCAUGGCCUGUUAAAGUUUAUUUUUAAAGGGGCAGUAUUGUGUAUUUUCAGGACGCAUAGUGCCAUAAAAUGCUGUCAAGAAAAGAAAUUUGAUUUUGCAAUUUAACACCUUGGAAUUGGGCCUCUGUCUCUUUAAGAAGCUCCUGCUUUUUUGGAAACUCCUCCUUCUGGAAGUCAUAGCAACAAAGUUUUUCCAUUAAACUUGUACCACUCAGUUCCCCCAAGCAUUUCUGCACCCAAAAAGGCUGCCUGGGGAGAUAAAAAUAUUUCUCAAAUACCCAUGAAAUAAUCAAACCAACGCUCCAGUUAUGUUUUUGAUGACGGAUUAGCAUU